UGUCGGUCAGCAACAAAAAACCUUUGAAAAUCAUCAUUCGAUGCCGUGGAUAGCCCCUGCCUCACCUCAAUGCCUUGUUUAGUUGCUUGAUGCCUAGGUUCAUCCGCGCCGUGUCGUCCGCUUGUUCCCGUUGCCCACGCCAACAUAUCAGCAGCUCGAAUCAAAUGAAUUCCUGGCCGGGCCCUUCCUGUUUAUGAAACAAGAACAUGCGCCGAUUCGGGGCGCCAUACCCGAUAAGAUGGAAGAGAAAAGCAAAACAGAAGAAGCCGCUAAGCCCGACGCACAACAAGCUCGUCAUCCGUCGAACCCUCCAAACGCCAGUGACAACGAGAGUCUAACGAACCGAGUCUUCCGUUUCCUCGCAACAGCAACGCCCGAAACCCUCGGUGGUGUCGCUGUCGGCCUAGCCGCAACGACUUACCUAGUGUUGGGCAGACUGGGUCUUGUGUUGAUAGGCGCUUUCGGUGGGAUCGUGUCUUUCAUACAAUGGGAACAGCGCAAUAUCGAAGUGGCGCGCGCGGUCCGGGGCGAAGGAGGGCUUGAUGUUUUGGCGCGGCUGCUCGCGGCCAGGAAGGACUCGGACAAAGCGUUGCUUGAGGAACAGAGCGCAGAGGACUCAGAGGGCGCACUGGUGCGCUCAUUUGACGACCUGCAGCCUGAGACGCGCGAAGCCUUGAAUGAGCUCGUUGACGCUGUCAUCGACAACUAUGUCAAGUGGUGGUAUUCCCCCAUUGUGCCUGCAGACAAGUCCUUCCCAAUGGCCUGCCGCAAGACGCUCACGUCCUUCAUCACCUCUGUUUCCAACUGCCUCAGCAGAAAACGGCCUGCAGAUGCCUUCCUCGAGCUCCUGACCAACUCUUCUUCCAUCUUUGUUGUCUUUAUGUCUGAGCUUUCCAACGCCUUUUCCGAGCUGCCACCCGACUCCAACGCCACGGCUGCAGAUGCUGUCUACAACUAUCUUGCUUCGCAUCCCGAGUCCAACUUAGCCAACCUGCUAGACCAGAAGCAACAAGCGGGCAAAUUCCGCAUGGCUUCCGAGGACCUCCUGGGCUUCUUGGACCGUCCAGCGUACGAUUGUGAUGCCGCCAGAGUCUUCCUGAGGGAGAUCUUGGCUGGUGUCGUUCUGGAGAUGACGCUGCAGUCGUGCUCGAAGCCGGAAUUUAUCAAUUCGUGGAUUGUAUACCUGUUAGAGUCCGGGGAGCCUGACCUCAGUCAUGCCAUCGACGUCGGCAUGCAAACCGGGCCCGGCGCCGAUGUGGCAUUUGCUGAUCUGGACGGCAAUGUGGGCAACAUUGGCCUCACCAAAGGGAAUAGGAACUCGUUUGAAUACGAGAAGGCACGCCGGAAGGAGUCCUUGGCUCACAAGAAGAAGCUGAGCAAAGCGGAGGAGGAGAUGGAGUUGGCUGUGGAAGAGAUGAAGCGCCUGAACGAGAUGAUCGCCAAGGAAACGGCACUCAGGGAAGGAUCACAAGAGCACAGUUCAGAACCUACCAAGACCGCUACCAAGACCGGGAGUGCAUCUGCCGACGCCCCGAAACGCAAGGGUGAUGGAUCCGACAUGAAGGGCGCCGUUGAGAAACCAGGCUUUCCUCGGCCAUUGGACACCUCCGCGAGCGCGCCGAAGAGGACGAGCAGUGAUGGGUCAACGGGCAGAAACGAAGCCAUCCACACUCCCGUCACCCCAUUAUCUGGCGUGACUCCCUCGUCGAGCCAUAACUCGUCUCCCCCAGCAGAUUCGGGGUCCCGUUUCACAAGCUUUGACCAGAUCGUUCCACGCACUCGAGAUGAGACAGGAAAUGAGGCGAACGUGCCUCGCAAGCCGGCCCCGUUGACUCUGCAUAACGCCACCAUUACCGUGCUGGACGAGCCGGGCGAUGGCCGGAUUAGGUCCAAGCCUUCGUGGGAUUAUCUAGUGCAGAUCGAACCAGCCACGACGCUUUACCCGGGGUGGAUGAUUGUCAGAAAAUACAGCGAUUUCGAGACCCUACACGAGGUGCUACGGCGGAUUGCGACAGUAUCUGGCGCCACGGGGUUUUCAGGGCAACACGGCACCGUACCGUCUUGGAAAGCACACACCCGGACAUCUCUGCGGAGCGAACUGGAGCGCUACCUACGCGAUGCCUGCUCGCACCAGAGCCUGGCAGAAAGCGAAGGGCUGAAGAAGUUCCUCGAGAAGGACAACGGCCAUAUCCCGAACGCCCCCAAGUCUGGAUUCCAAGCGUUCGAAAAGCUGGGCAAGAACGUGCUGGACGUGCUCACGAGCGCCCCGCUAGAGGGCUCGAAGGCGGUGGUUGGCGGCGUGACGGGAGUGCUGGGAAAUAUCGGUCUGGGACAGCGGAAGUCAGCACCUCCUGCCCAGUCUCCUCCGCCUUCGGCCUUGCAGGACGUGACGGCAGCUAGUCGCUUGUCCAUUUCGGCGCUGCCUCGCGCGGACAGCAGCGCAUCUCUCAGCGGGAUGCGGCGAACUCGGGACAGCUUGGACAGCCAGCAUUCGUCAGUUGUCGCGCUGCAGCCCGGUAAAAUCCCGCCGAUGGAACGUCGCCCCAGCUACCAGUCGCAAGGCGAUGCAGAACCCGAAAACCAGCCGCGUUCCCGGGCGUCAGCCUCGGCGUCGGCGAGAAACAGCCGGGAACAUAGCCGGCCGUCGAGUCGCGCGCCAAGCCGGGCGCCGCCCGCACGGUCUCCUUCCAGCCUUAGCUUCGAGGGCUUCCGGUUGCCGCCGCCGCCGGACAUGAUCUCGGACGACUACGAAUCUCCGGUCAGUCCGGCGAAUGUGCGCCCCAACGACUUCCAACACCAUACACGCUCUUUGACCAUGCCGUCGUUCAGCAGCCCCCAGCAGCGGCUGAAUGGCCCGCCGUUGAAGGGAGUGAAGCAGCAUACCAAGCUGUCCGAGCAGGACACGCGCGUGGCUGUGGAGCUCAUCUUUGCCGUCAUCAACGAAUUGUACACUCUGUCGUCGGCAUGGAACAUCCGACGCACGCUGCUCGCAGCGGCCAAGUCGUUCCUCCUGCGGCCGGGCAACCCGUCCCUGCUCUCAAUCCAGUCCCUCAUCCAGUCGUCGGUGCUUGACGCCAACACAUCGGACAGCGGCAUCGCAGGCCAUCUGAAAAGGCUCCGGGAGAACACGAUGCCCACGGAGCAGGAGCGGGCGACGUGGCCGGCGGAGAUGGCGGCAGAGGAGAAGGAGAACCUCCGGGUCAAGGCGAGGAAGCUGCUGAUUGAGAGCGGUGUGCCUGCCGCACUUAAGGGCGUGAUGGGUCAGGCAGCCACUUCGGAGGCGCUGGGUCGGCUGUUUGACUGUCUCCAGAUCGAGGAGGUGGCGAGGGGUCUGAUGUUUGGGGUCAUCCUCCAGGCCGUGAGGACGGUUACGCAUUGAUGUGGUCAUGAUCUGUAAUUCUGUACGAUUAUACCAGGACGGGUUACGAAAGGGUUGUUGUUGGAACCGUUGUGUGGACAUUGGAUGGCGCAUGUUACUUUCAGACCAUUUAUUUUUUUUUUUCUUUUUCUUCUUCUUCCUUCUCGUUCGUUCUUCCUUCUCCGUUUUUCCAACAGCCAGCGGGCGCAUUGUAGUUUUCAAGAUGCGAUGAGCAAUGGCGGUUGGGGCGAUUAUACAUUUAUUAUGGAUGACUUGUUAAGACUUUUAAUGAGAGGCAUGUAAGAAAUGCUACCACGGCAGCAGGCAUCCUGCGUCGAGGGCUUCACAGGAUGGGAUCUGCAAGAUUUGGAGAGACCGGUUAAUUGGCAAGGUUGGCCAUGUACCAAUUUUGGAGCUUUUUCCUGCUUCUACCUUCUACCUUCAAAAUGAUCGACUUCUUCUCUGCAA